GAAGAGCUGGUCAAAGAAUACCUGAAGUGCCGCAAAGAGUCGUGACUCUUCUUGGAUUGAAAAAAUACUGUGUGUUCAGAAACGAAGUCGCACCUAUAGCAGAAUGAUUUGUAAACCUGAAAACAUGGGAAGAUGAGUAACAAGGCUUUCAGGCACUGCAGAGGGUUCCAAACAUUUGUGUCUCUCCUUGAAGGAAAAGGGAGAUUAACGUGUGAAAUUUACCGAAUUUCAGUAGACUUCUCAGUGCUGAGAAUUUAUUUUUGCCAUUUUUUUUUUUUUUUCUGAACAGAGGAUACUGAACAGAUUUGAAAGGAAAGGAACGUGUGUCCACUGGGAAACUAUUCCGAAAUUGGAACAAAAACAGAAAAACAAGAAAAGAAAAUGAAAAUUCUCUUCUGCCGGCAAGAUCCAGUCAUCAGUGUGAGAAAUGUCCAUGCAUGACAAAUUAUUCCUCACUGUUGGGUGCUAAUAAUAAGCACAACCAUAGAGCUGGAUAUUCUGAGGUAAUUGCACCUGAGAAUUAUGACUCUAAAAUAUUUUAGGCUUAAUUUUAUUUGAAGAUAAGCCAUUUCACUAAAAAUAACUGUUGGGAUAUGAUCCUGGAAAAAUUAUUAUAUAAGAGUAAAAUAAUGGAAGCAACCCAAAUGUUCAAUCUUAGGAAAUUGAUUAAAUACAUUAAGGCCUGAGAUUGGAAUUGAAACAAUACAACUACUGCUUCCACCAGAGGAAAAUAGUAUGGGAAUUCCUAUUAUGCCUUCACUGGUGCAAGCUAUAUUUAAUGGAGAUCCUGAUGAAGUUCGAGCACUAAUAUUUAAGAAGGAAGAUGUUAACUUUCAGGACAAUGAAAAGAGAACUCCACUGCACGCUGCUGCCUAUCUGGGAGAUGCAGAAAUCAUUGAACUGCUUAUUUUAUCUGGAGCUAGAGUUAAUGCCAAAGACAGCAAAUGGUUGACACCUUUACACAGAGCAGUUGCAUCUUGUAGUGAGGAAGCAGUUCAGAUACUUUUGAAGCAUUCUGCAGAUGUUAAUGCUCGAGACAAAAAUUGGCAAACGCCUUUACACAUAGCUGCUGCUAAUAAAGCUGUAAAGUGUGCUGAAGCUUUGGUACCUCUUCUCAGUAAUGUAAACGUGUCUGAUCGAGCAGGGAGAACUGCAUUACAUCAUGCAGCUUUCAGUGGACAUGGUGAGAUGGUCAAACUCCUCUUGUCUAGGGGUGCCAAUAUUAAUGCCUUUGACAAGAAAGAUAGACGUGCUAUCCAUUGGGCAGCAUAUAUGGGUCACAUUGAAGUAGUGAAAUUACUUGUGGCACACGGAGCUGAAGUGACAUGCAAGGAUAAGAAGUCUUAUACACCUCUUCAUGCAGCAGCCUCUAGUGGAAUGAUCAGCGUAGUCAAGUACCUUCUAGAUCUUGGAGUUGAUAUGAAUGAACCAAAUGCCUAUGGAAAUACACCUCUUCAUGUAGCCUGCUAUAAUGGACAAGAUGUUGUAGUGAAUGAACUUAUAGACUGUGGUGCUAAUGUUAAUCAAAAGAAUGAAAAAGGAUUUACUCCUUUGCACUUUGCUGCUGCAUCAACACAUGGAGCAUUGUGUUUAGAGCUUCUAGUAGGCAAUGGGGCCGAUGUGAAUAUGAAGAGCAAAGAUGGGAAAACCCCCCUGCACAUGACUGCCCUCCACGGUAGAUUCUCCAGAUCACAAACCAUUAUCCAGAGUGGAGCUGUAAUUGACUGUGAGGAUAAGAAUGGAAACACGCCUUUGCACAUAGCAGCAAGGUACGGCCAUGAGCUGCUCAUCAACACUCUUAUUACAAGUGGUGCUGACACUGCAAAGCGUGGCAUACAUGGAAUGUUCCCUCUCCAUUUGGCAGCCUUAAGUGGUUUUUCAGAUUGCUGCAGGAAACUUCUUUCUUCUGGAUUUGAUAUAGAUACCCCAGAUGAUUUUGGCAGGACCUGUCUACAUGCAGCUGCAGCUGGAGGGAAUUUGGAGUGCCUAAACCUUCUGCUGAAUACUGGUGCAGACUUCAACAAAAAGGACAAAUUUGGGAGAUCUCCACUGCACUAUGCUGCUGCCAACUGCAAUUACCAGUGCCUGUUUGCUCUUGUGGGAUCAGGAGCAAGUGUGAAUGACCUUGAUGAAAGAGGAUGCACACCCCUGCACUAUGCAGCUACGUCAGACACAGAUGGCAAGUGCCUGGAAUACUUAUUAAGAAAUGAUGCAAAUCCAGGGAUCCGGGACAAGCAAGGGUACAAUGCAGUUCAUUAUUCAGCUGCUUAUGGUCACCGUCUAUGUCUUCAGCUGAUUGCAAGUGAAACUCCCUUAGAUGUUUUAAUGGAAACCUCAGGAACAGACAUGCUGAGUGAUUCAGACAAUAGAGCAACAAUAAGCCCUUUACACUUGGCUGCCUAUCAUGGUCACCAUCAAGCACUGGAAGUGUUGGUACAGUCUUUGUUAGAUCUUGAUGUGAGAAAUAGUAGUGGAAGAACACCCUUAGAUCUUGCAGCAUUUAAGGGCCAUGUUGAAUGUGUGGAUGUACUCAUUAAUCAGGGAGCCUCAAUCUUAGUAAAAGAUUAUAUUUUGAAGAGAACACCUAUACAUGCAGCAGCAACAAAUGGUCAUUCAGAAUGCCUACGGCUACUAAUAGGAAAUGCAGAACCUCAGAAUGCAGUAGAUAUUCAAGAUGGAAAUGGACAGACUCCUCUGAUGCUGUCUGUUCUCAACGGGCACACAGACUGUGUUUACUCCCUGCUGAACAAAGGAGCAAAUGUAGAUGCCAAAGAUAAAUGGGGAAGGACAGCUCUGCAUCGAGGGGCAGUUACAGGCCAUGAAGAAUGUGUAGAUGCAUUACUUCAACAUGGUGCUAAGUGCUUAUUUCGGGAUAGCAGGGGCCGGACACCUAUACACUUGUCAGCUGCUUGUGGACACAUUGGUGUUCUUGGAGCCCUUUUGCAGUCGGCAGCAUCUGUGGAUGCAAAUCCAGCCAUAGCAGACAAUCAUGGAUAUACGGCACUUCACUGGGCUUGCUACAACGGUCAUGAGACAUGUGUAGAACUUCUUUUAGAACAGGAAGUUUUCCAGAAAAUGGAAGGAAAUGCUUUCAGUCCAUUGCAUUGUGCUGUGAUAAAUGACAACGAAGGCGCUGCUGAGAUGUUAAUUGAUACGUUGGGUGCCAGCAUUGUGAACACCAUAGAUUCAAAAGGAAGAACUCCUCUCCACGCAGCCGCCUUCACAGACCAUGUAGAGUGUUUACAGCUGCUGCUUAGCCAUAAUGCUCAAGUCAAUUCUGUGGACUCUUCUGGGAAAACACCUCUCAUGAUGGCAGCAGAAAACGGACAAACUAAUACAGUUGAGAUGCUGGUUAGCAGUGCUAGUGCAGAUCUGACUUUACAAGAUAACAGUAAAAACACCGCACUCCAUUUGGCUUGCAGCAAGGGUCAUGAAACUAGUGCCUUGUUAAUACUGGAAAAGAUAACAGAUAGAAACCUCAUCAAUGCAACCAAUGCAGCCUUGCAAACACCUCUGCAUGUUGCUGCCCGAAAUGGGCUAACAAUGGUGGUUCAGGAACUUUUGGGGAAAGGAGCAAGUGUGCUUGCAGUAGAUGAAAACGGCUAUACCCCAGCUUUGGCCUGUGCUCCCAAUAAGGACGUGGCUGAUUGCCUAGCUCUCAUUUUGGCCACCAUGAUGCCUGUCUCAUCAAGUAGCCCUUUAUCAUCCCUAACAUUCAAUGCCAUCAACCGUUAUACCAACACCUCAAAAACAGUCAGCUUUGAAGCCUUGCCCAUCAUGAGGAAUGAACCUAGCUCCUACUGCAGCUUCAACAACGUUGGCGGGGAGCAGGAGUACUUAUACACCGACGUGGACGAGCUCAAUGACUCCGAUUCUGAGACCUACUAAGAGGCUGAGCCAAAGGUCCAAGGAGGGAGUUCUGACACUUAACGCUUUAAACUGUGCUUUUUCAGGAAAAAGGCACUUUCCUAUUUACAUACAAAUUCAACCUAAGAGGAAAGAUGGCAGGGUGAGCAAAUAUAAGAAAUGUGAUGACAUUAGGAAGAAGAGUUUUUAAAGGCAAGUUUUGCAAAAGGAACUUCUAGAAUCUUGAAAUAGACUUGACCAGAGGAAAAUACUUUGAUGUCAAAUUGCUUUGUGGAAUUGUUUAAUUUGGUUUUGCAGUACCAGGAAUAAUUUGGGACACUGUGCACCCUAAUCUGCUUAGAUAAGCAACACUAUUGUAAAAGAAGAGAUAAGGACACUAGAGUUAAAUUUUAUCAAUAAAACUACAAUUAAAUUUAAGGGCAAUAAAAGUUUGGUACAGUCGGCAUUAUGUGCACAGUAAAUUGCCAAAGGACCAAAUAAUUUAAAGAUUUUUUAAUAGAAUGCCGUUUUGUGGAAACUUGGAGUAGGUGAAAUGAGACAUUAUCUAAACCAAACUUCAAUAUUUCUGAAAAUAAAGCUGAGAUCUGGUUUUAAAUGUUGAUUUUUUUAAAAAGAAAACAUCUGAAAGCCUUCUAAUACUGUAUUAAAUCAUGAGAGAAAGCAGAUGUAUUUUUACAUUUUUUUCUUUUACAUAAAAAUUUAAAAUUCCAACUUUUGUAAUAUUAGAAUUGAAAACCAGCUGACUGGGUGCAGUCAGGGUGAAAAUACUUGUGAUGUAGACAUGAGAUAGAUUGGGGUCGGGCUCUUGCUGCCCAGGGUUGAAUGGUUUAGGUUUAAAAUUGAUCUAUUUUUGUUUGAAAAUGUAAAGAAUUUCCUAGAAGAAUAAAAUUUCAUGAAAUCAAAAAGUACAUUAUUUUCACCCUAUUGCAGCUAAGUGGUCCUGGGGAAUGGAGUUUUCAACCUCUUUACUUUGGAUG